AUGGUUCACAUUGAACAGAUUACCAGGAACACCAUGACCAAUGACAGGCUGAACCAGCUGUUGCAUGUGCUAAAGCAACUUUCGAGUUCUGUAACAGAGCAAUCCACCAGGCUGGCGGUUUCAUCCAGCCAGAAUCACGUCCUUGUGGCUGUAGAUGAGAAGGGUACCAUUGUAGGGACAACGACGGUGGCAUAUUUGUAUUGUGUUACUGGCACUCGGGUGCAUAUCGAAGACGUGGUUGUGGAUUCGGAUCACCGGGGUAAAGGUAUAGCGCAGGCAUUAAUAAAUGAAGCCAUCCAGCGUGCGAAAAAGUUGCAAGCCAAAACCAUUGAUCUCACCAGCCGACCUGAACGAGAAGCAGCCAAUAGACUCUACAUGAAACUGGGAUUUGUAAAGAGAGAUACCAACGUAUAUCGAUUUGUUGCACCAAUCACUGAAUAA